AUGAACGAGUACCACGACCGGGUAGUUGGCCACAAGCUUGCAAAGACUCCUCGCUGGAUCUUGGGGUGGACAGCUGCGGAAAGGGGAUCACAUGCAAAUUGUGAUGGUAAAAGCUUGAACGUGCGAGUAAGGGAGAAGGAUCACCGUGAUGCCGAUGUGCAAGGUGUGAAGAUGCCAAAUAGCAGGGGAACGGCGAAGAAGAAGAAGAAGAAGAAGAAGAAGAAGAUGAAGAAGAUGAAGAUGAAGAAGAUGAAGAUGAAGAAGAUGAAGAUGAUGAUUAUGAUGAAGCGUGAAUGA